AUGCCACACGACCAUCAUCAUCAUCACGUUAAGCGUGAUUUCAUUUCCGAUGUCGAAAGUUGGUUUGGAUUUGGUAGCGACCCUACUUCGACUCAAGACCCAAAUGCUGGGCAGACGACUGCUAUUGUGUACGUGACAAUGCAGCCAACCUUCACGGGGCCUGUUGGUGGACUUGUCACGGAAACUUCGAAAAGUGACGACCAAACUACUGCCCCAGCAGGGAAGGGACCACCUGUUCAACAAACGCAUGCUGAAACGACGAAGACAAAGGAAAUUGAAUCCACAAGUACGAGCACAAGCACUACUAAAAAGGACCCGAAAACUACACAUACAACCACACAUACAGAUACGUCGACGAGUUCCACGUCAACCACGACAAGCGAACCCUCUACAACCACCACCUUUUCGACAGCCGCUGCGACUACCAGUCUGGUUACUACGUCCUUGAGCGCCGCAUUAGAUCAAGCCACCUCCUCCUCUACUCCUUCUGCUACUCCUUCCGCAUCUAGCUCUGGCGGUCUUUCUGGAGGGGCGAAAGCAGGCAUUGCUAUUGGAGUUCUGCUCGGAGUAGCUGCAAUUGCCGGUUUGAUACUUUUCUGGCUGCACAAACAGAAGCAAAAUAGGAAAGAGGCUGAGGCAGCAGAAGCAGCAGUAGAGGCAGCGGCUGCAGCCAGAGAGAAGCCCUUUACUCCAAGCCCGCGGCCACCAGUGGCAGGCGCUCAGCCACCGAUGUCAAAUGCCCCCAAUUCAUCAGGCCCAAAUUCUCAAUUUGGUUUGCGCCCAGGUGCUAACGGGAACGCAUAUGCUGCUGGUGGUAUGAGUGUGGCAGCUGUCGGCGCAGCUGUAAGUGCUGCCGCUUCAUACCGAGGCUCGGCGCAUUCGCCACCAGGCCAGGACCCAUUCAACGACCCAGCAAAUCCAUUUGACACUAGCUCCCAGUCCUCGUCUCCGCCAUUGCCUGUCCCUAAAGAUGACCCUGUAGGAGGAAGCCAAGUUAGAGAUCUAACGUCCUCGCCAACUGGAAGUGGUACUGGAAUUCCGAGCUCUCUUUCUGUAGGCACUCCCGCCGAUCAUGCAGGUGAAACUGCUGCCGCUGGAGCAGUUGCUGGAGCGGCUGUAGCAGCAGCAGCCGUGGCCAAAAAAUCCGAUGAACAUCCUCAACAACGCACGCCCUCCCCCGAGUACCGGGAAGGAAGCCCCGACGGUGGUCCAGGCUCUCGUCCCCAAUCGCCCUCUGUGGGUGGUGCACCAUUUUCAAGCAAUGUUCAUCGUGUCCAAAUGGAUUUCACGCCUACCCUGGCAGACGAAAUGGAAUUGCGCGCCGGUCAACUGGUUAGAAUAUUGAAAGCAUAUGACGACGGAUGGGCUCAAUGUUCUUCGAUGGAUGGAUCAAUUAGAGGUAUCGCGCCACGCAGCUGUCUUUCUGCACGCCCAUUACAACCCCGAAGACCUCCCGGCCCCGGCCAAGGUCCCCGUGGCCCUCAAUACAUGGGACCGAAUGGUAGACCAAUGUCUCCGGCGGGUGGUCGAGGUCCCCCGUCUGGAGGACCACCCCGUUUCUACCAGGAUGGUCGUCCUAUGACACCCACGGGACAAGGCUCGCAAUUCCCUAUUCCUCCCCCAGUUUCACGCUCAAUGUCACCGGAUAUGCCCCGUCCAUUGACACCCGGAGGAUCGUCUCGUCCAUCAAGUCCAAACGGCGGGCGAGUUCGUAGCAACAGUUCCACACAAAACUCACGGCCACCGAUCGUUCAAGCCGGUCCAAGUCCCCUUGCUCCACCAACAGGACCUUUACCCGGUCCUCCAACGCAAGCCCCCGAGCGCUCUGAAUCACAUAUUGGAAGGAAGCCUGUUCCUGGCUCGCAAUAG